AUGUGCGCUAAAGUGUGCCCGUUAUCGCGGUGGGUAAUCCCACUUCUGCUGCUGCUGCUGGUUGGCUUGCCAGUGUUCCACGCACAAGAGGAUAUCCAACCAGCCGCCCCAAAUGUGCCCGAGCGGCCAAUUUCCCAGCUUUGCGACUUCAAAAAACCCAUGUACGAUCCAACCGACAAGGACGGCGAUCGAUUCUGUGACUGCGACGUACACAACGAACCAUACAGUGGUCUUCCGCUGAUCAGAAUCGUUUGCCGCCGGCAUGGGCUCAAUGACAGUUUCUGGGAGGAAUCGAUUCGCGAACAGUUACCCCACGGUACGAGUCAGCUCGAUUUGUCCUACAACGCACUCACGAGUGUGCCGCGCCUGAGCGGCGACAAUCUUGCGGAUCUACGCCUCAACCACAACAAGAUAACAACCGUGCCCGAUAACGUGUUCGCUAACGUUUCCACCCUUGUUGAGCUGCGUCUGAGUGGUAACCAGCUCACGGUACUCACCACCGACGCCUUUGCUGGGCUGACGAUGCUUAAACUGCUCGAUUUGAGCGACAACCGCAUCAGCACGAUCGAGGUGCACGCGUUCUCCAGCUCGAUCCAUCUGGAGAGGCUCAUCCUGUCAAACAACUCGCUUGGGACGCUACUAAAUCACACAGAUUCCACGCUAUAUCUGAAGCUAGGUGUCUCGACCCGGCUUACGGUGCUCGAGCUACAGCGCUGCAACCUCACCGAGGUCAAUCUAUCCGCCGGAGUUGGUCUCAAGCGAGUUCUGCUCGGAUUCAACCGGUUCCAAACCCUCACGAACCUUCCGAAACAGGUCACAUACCUGGACGUCAGUGGGACUCCAAUACGCACGCUGACAGCGAAGUUCCUGCCACAUCUGCUACACCUCGAAACGCUCAUCCUGCAGGACAUGCCGACGUUGUACACGCUCGACGAUUACGCGCUGACUGGGUUGCCCCAGUUAACUACCGUUAACCUGCAAGGCUCACGAAACCUCUCAACCGUGCAUCCGUACGUGUUCGGUCAGAACGUGGCGCGUAACGAGACGGGCAUCGCGUUAAGCCGGUUCAUCCUGAAAGGAACGAACCUGCGUACGCUCAACUCCACGUUGCUGUUCGCGUUCCAGAAGCUGAAGGUGCUCGACGUUCGAGGUGCUCCAUUGCGGUGUGAUUGCGAAGUUCGGUGGCUGCGCGAAAUGCCAGAUCUAGUUACGCUGGCAAUAUGCGCCCGACCGAUGGCCCUACACGGGAAGUUCUUCGGUCACAUCAAAACGGAACUACUUCAAUGCCGGGCGGAGCAGCUUUGGAUCUACACCGUGUUCAAUGUGGUGCUGGUGGUGUUAUUGGUCGUGCUCGUGGCCGUCGGGAUCUUCCUGAUCGUGCGAGCUAUUCGCCCGAAACCGCACGUUCAACUGCGUACGGUGGGUCCUAUGAGUCCGUACGCGCGCGUUACCAUCGAACCGAACCGGGAGGAUAUGCUGUGA